AUGGAACAUAGGGCAAUUACUCGUGUCAACUAUAGGGCGAGGAUUUGGUUCAUUCGUCACUAUGAAACAGGUAAGUGGAAAGUCAGUGUCUUUGAGAGUGAACACAAUCAUCCACUGUGUCCACCUAAGUACAGACAUCUUAUUACCGCGAAUCGUGUGCUUAAUGAGGUCGAUAAAACACAAGCAAACAGCUUACGAGCAUGUGGUGUUAAAACUUGCCAUAUAAUGGGUUACAUGAUUUUUCAAAAAGGUGGAUACGAUAAAGUGGGUUUUACCAGCAAAGACUUACAUAACCAAAUUAGUAAGACUAGGCGUGGCAAAGUGAAAGACGGUGAUGCAUUUGCUGCGUUGGCCUAUCUGUUGUCCAAGGCAGACAGUGACUCGUUAUUUCUAGGAAAUUUCACCUUAAAGGAUGGUAGGUUGGAUAAUUUGGUGUGGACUGAUAGAGCAAGCGUUGUUGAUUACGAAUGUUUUAGCGAUGUACUUGCUUUUGACACCACUUACAAGAAAAAUGUCUACAACAAGUCCUUAGUCAUAUUUUCAGGGACCAACCACCAUGGCCAAAUAACUAUCUUUCGAUGCGCCCUGAUCUCAGAUGAAAGGUCCAAAACUUUCAAGUGGGCACUAAAGGAGUUUUUGGAAAUCAUUUCAGGAAAACUACCCGGAGGCGUUGUGACAGAUGGAGACCGUGCUAUGAGAGAGACUAUCUUAGAAGUAUUUCCUAGUAUACCUCACCGCUUUUGUGCAUGGCAUCUCCAUCGUAAUGUGAUACAGAAUAUAAAACACAAGCAUUUUUGGGACAAUUUUAAUGUAUUAUUGUAUGGACAGUGA